GGGGCCCCACCUUGUCUUAGACACCUCAUAUCUAACAGCCAACAGGGCCUUAUCAGGUCCAGCCUCGCCCUCUGCGGUACCGGUACUGCGAGUACUCACCGGUACGGUACUCUUCUGUGGUAUUCGUGCACACAAUGAUAGAGAACUGUACCAACUGUACCGGUACGGCAAUCGGAAGAGUGGAGGGAAAGAACUGAGCCAAGGGGAAAAAAACAAAAAAAAUAGGGAAAACAUAGUAUCAUACAAAACAAAAAGUUACCUUGUCCUCCUCCUCACAUAGGGGGCACACUAACAACUUUCCCUCCACCAACACUGAAGUCAUGCCCCUCCUGCCUCGUUGAUGAGAUUAGGAGCCAGCCCAGAAAAUUUACCACAGCGGGCGAUCAUCCUGCUCGCCGCGUUUUCCCGCGCUUGUCUGUCGCUUGUCUUCACACAGGUACCGUAGGCAACACGAGUACAAGUACAGCAGGGCCAGCGGAGCCAAAGGGCAAGAGCAUCACCACGUUUUUGGGUUGUCUGUCCUGUCUGUCGGUACCCUGCUCCGACUGCCGGUACGAGUACUAUCUUCUCCACAAGCUGCAGGACACCGAAACCGCAGCCCUUUCGCUGCAAGGCCUGUCACUGGUUGGCCGUUGCCCCGCUGAAACCCCUCCUCUUCCGCCUCAGUGGCCCUCACAUACUCUGGCCUCACUCUCCAUUGCUAUUCUACCAUCACUGCCACCGCCCCCCUUCCUUAUUCGGUCUUUUGGGGAAUUGCCUUCGGAAACUCACCAUUUAUACCAACACGUCGCCACCUAAUACUACCACGUUCUUUGUCGUCAUCCCGACGGUUUGGGGAUAUCACGAUCUUCUACAUUAUCACGCUUUACCAAGUCACCAGCCAUGAGAAUCGCAUGCCUACAGGUAAGAAAUAGCCAGUGGGGGCUCCACUGUCCAUUCUCAGUUACAACAGCUGUCGCAGCAGUUUGUUUAACCCUACUGCGCCCUUUUUUUUUUGGACCACAAGCUCACCAUGGAUUUGUAUGGCAUUACUAUAGUUCAACCCCCAACUGGGGAACGUUGCGCAUAAUCUUAGGAGGGCGGAGACCAUAAUUUCUCGGGCCGAAACCCGAGGUAUAAACCUCCUGGUUCUUCCUGAGAUGGCUUUCUCAGGUACGACAAUUUUUCUCUACAUUGUAUGAUUGUUGCGAUACAUUUGUUGUUGUCCCCACUUUUUUUCUCGCUCCCCCCCCCCCUCCUUGGUGAUUGCUUUCUUCACUUACCCUACCCUUACCCUUAUUAACUAGCCCCAAACAAGUUUGGUCACAUAACAACGUCUGCGGCGCACAGAGCAUUGACCAGCUGACAGCUCAUAUUUUCAUUCCCAACCAGGCUACAACUUUAAUUCCGUCAAUGAAAUAAAUUCCCAUCUGGAGCCAACAGCCGCAGGCCCAUCCACGGUAUGGGCUCGCUCAAUUGCCCGACGUCUUGGUUGCUACGUAGCUGUGGGAUACCCGGAAUGUUGCGCACACCCUCCCUCGUCGCCGCUGGGCCUUAUGUCGAGGUACAAUUCCGCGGUGUUGGUAUCUCCCAUGGGAAACGUGCUGGUAAACUACAGGAAGCACUUUCUCUUUUCCACAGAUGAGUCGUGGGCUGAGGAAGGACCGGACGGGUUCUUCUCCGGGGAUCUCCCCGAUGGACUGGGAAGACUUGCAGUGGGAAUAUGUAUGCACCCUUAUUUCCCCGCCUUGCAUUUUUCGGAAAGCAAUACCGUCGGGGCAAGAGGCAGGAAGGGGUGUGUGUGUGUGUGAUGGCGUGGCUAAUGCAUCGUUGUUAUUAUUCCCAUAGGUAUGGAUUUGAAUCCAAGACGAUUCGAGGCCCCCAUCGAGAAGUAUGAGUUCGCACAUCACAUACUCGACUCGAAAGCAGAUAUAGCCGUCAUGCCUAUGGCGUGGCUCACUUCCCAGCCUGCCGAAUCCUUGGUGGAUCAAGCGCAAGUCCCCGACGCUGACACCCUCGCCUACUGGACCCAGCGACUGCAGCCAGUUCUGGACCAAGGAGGUCAGGGCCAAUCGGGAGAAACGAUAUUCGUCGCUUGCAACAGAACAGGGACAGAACGCAGUGCUUGCUAUGCCGGUACCUCUGCUAUCCUAGGGGUGAGUAAGGGUAACGUGAAGGUAUAUGGGUGCUUGGGAAGGGGAACAGAAGACCUACUUGUAUGUGACGUUCCAGGGCUCGGGAAGAACUAGGUGACCAGGCGGAGAUGAUCGGACCAUCGAACGACGAGAAAGCUGAAAAGUGGAUCCCUCCCUUUUUCCCCUUGCGGAUUAAUGGGAGGGGAGAGGAAGCGACGGCAAGGCAAGUGAUUAAAGAAAGAAUGGGGUAAAGGGCGGAAGACAUCACGACUCACGCAAAACACCAGUUUCCCAUUACAGUACAGUAAUCCAAAAGGAAAUAGAAUGCGCAAAAAAGGAA